AUGGCCAUAUCCAGAUCUACCGAGCCGCGCAAGCCGCUGGAAAACGGCCUCUAUGUCCCCACGGUCGCAUUCUUCACCGCUGAGGAUGAAAUUGAUGUAGAGACCACUAUUGCACACACUACGUUUCUCCUCGAAGCUGGAGUCGCCGGUAUCCUAGCACAUGGAUCCAACGGUGAGGCCGUCCACCUUGACCACGCCGAGCGUCAACUUGUGACGAGUGCUACGCGGAAAGCCUUUGACCGCGCUGGAAAGUCUCACCUCCCCCUGAUCGUUGGCUGUGGCGCCCAAUCAACACGAGAAACCAUUCAGCUCUGCAAGGAGGCCGCAGAGUCAGGCGGUAGUCAUGUUAUGAUUCUCCCCCCUGCAUAUUACGGCGGCCUCCUUACCACCGACCUUAUCAAGCAGCACUUCAUUGCCGUUGCCGACGCCAGCCCACUUCCCGUACUCAUCUACAACUUUCCCGCUGCCUGCAGCGGCCUGGACCUGAGCUCAGAUGUGAUUCUUGACCUCGCUCAACAUUCCAACAUCGUUGGCGUUAAACUGACCUGCGGCAACACUGGUAAACUGGCACGCGUGGUGGCCGGAACUGCCGGUACCAGCUUCCGAACUUUCGGUGGCAGCUGUGACUUCACCAUUCAGACCCUCGCCGCCGGCGGUAACGGUGUGAUUGCCGGCACGGGUAACCUCGCUCCCAGGGCCUGCAUUCAUCUCUUCAAGCUCUGGGAGCAGGGCAAGCUGCAGGAGGCGGCUGUGUACCAGGGUAUUGUUGCUCGGGGUGACUGGGCUGCUAUCAAGGGCGGGUUCGUCUCAGUCAAGGCUGCUCUGCAAAGAUAUCGCGGCUAUGGUGGUCAGCCCAGGCGGCCAUGUGCUCUACUCGAGGGUGAAGCAUUAGAAGAGCAAGUAGGAGGCUUUGCCGAGUUGGUGGAAGCGGAGAAGAAACUACUUAAAUAA